AUGCAGAUUGUAUUGAUACUAUGGGUACUGCUUCUAGGUCAAACAUGUAGUUUAGAAACUCCCCAAGGCCCCGAAGAAGAGGCUGAAGAGGAAGUCAUUCUCGACAUUACCAAGCCGAAUCCUUCCUUCAUUGAUACCAUUGCAAGGAACCCCUAUGGAGUGGUUACAAAGAUAUACGUGCCAAAGAAGGGUUACAAGAUCUUCUCAGUGGUGGAAAAGGAAGAACCCAUUUGGCAAACGGACGGCCUCCGCUGCGAACACGUCGCCGUUUUAACACGUGGAGAGAGUGGAACUCAUGUGAAUGUUUAUCUGAGAGACGAAAAUGGUGAGAGAGUGUGCCUCUACUACGAGAGGGACGACGAGGCGAAUGACUGGGACGAAGCCACUGAAGGCAACUUUUACAGCAUUUUCCAUCAGAGAGCAUUAAGCGAGGCUGUGUUCGAUUCUAUAGAACUAGACGUUACUAAAAGGGCUACAUGCGAAAUGUACUUUGUCGCAGACUCUCAAAAACUGCCCUUUCUUCUCUUUGCCCCCAAUGUCAGCUAUCGCAUAAAAAGCGUCAAGAAUGGCACCGUCAUUUGGAAUGCAGGUGCUAAUGACCAAGGCUGCAUAUACGCCUCGUUUUAUCCGAGAGAUAUUCCCACUUUGGCCUAUCUGGUUAUUCAGUCCCUGGCUGAGGUCAGGGAUCUCUACUACAAAAAGGUAGGUAAUUCCUGGACGUCUGUUGACAAGAAUGGGUAUCUGGCAGAUUUAAAACAGGCUGGAUUUGAUGAAUCCCAAGUCAGUGAUGAAAUCACCAUGGACAUUGCGAAUGUGGAUAGUGACUGCUUCUACAUUACCAAGUAUCCGAUAAAUAGUUACGGUGUAAAUUCAUACGUACCGUCGCUUGGUUUUAAGCUAAAGUCCAUCGCAGAAGGAAAUGCAGACAUUUGGAAGGUAGAGGAGGGGAGCAGUGCAAAGUGCAUCAACGUAAAUGUAGUUUAUAAGGACGCAGUUUUUUGUGCCCUAUUCAUCCUCGUAGAAGACCCAAAGAAUGGUCGUCAUGUUCUCUACUUUGUAAAGAAUGACAAGGAAUGGAAGAAUGUUAGUAAGGAUGAGUACUAUGACCGUAUUGCAAAGGAGAACGGUUUAGAGCCUUUAGGAAAGAUUGAGAAUCCAAAGGUUGUAAUGAGCAGUUUUAGAAACAAGGAUGGUCUAAAGAUUGCAACGUAUUCUUCCGGGGUAGAAAACUCCAAGGGAGAUGUCGUUCUUGUUCACGGCAUUCGUUCUCAUUUUAAAUCAGAAUUUUGCUCGGAGAAUGUAGAAUGGAAUUUUGAUAACUUUGGAUUUCCAAUUUCUCCAGACAUUGGCGGACAAUUUAUGGAUGAAACACAUGUGAAUGCCCUCAUAACUGGACAUAGACACCUGUUUGAACAUGCCUAUCUGGAAGGUAUGGAUGCCUUUGAGGCAUCUCCAAGGUACGAGUACAGUCAGAGUUUAACGGCAUUUUUCAAUGGAUUAGGAUAUAGUGUCUAUGGUUUAGACUUGCAGUCACAUGGCCUUUCAGAGUCCUUCUCACCAACCAGGUGUCAUGCUCGAGAAUUUAUAAAUUUUGCUCUUGAUGUCAUUCAGUUUGUGAGUAUAGUGAAAAGAGGUAAAUUUGAGGAUUCCUCUGAAAAGUGGAACGAGGAGGUAGUCUACGAGAACAUUCCUAUGGAUAGAAAAGUAUUUUUGCUGGGAAACUCAAUGGGAGGCAAUAUUGUCUUUCAGGCAGUUCAGGAGUUUUACAAGCAUGCAAAAGAGGAGGCAAGAUUUGUGGAUGGUCUAAUCUCUAUUGCUGGAAUGUUUAGCCUGGAUCAUCAUGCAGAUACGACGACAAAAAAGGUGGCAAAACAUUUACUUGGAGCUGCCGCACGGGUUCAACCUAAAAAGGAAAAUCCGUGUGACAAACUUCUAAACUAUGGAGAGUUUUUUGAGCUCUUCACAAGGUACAGAGAUCCAUUCUUUUACGCCAAAAGACUUACAUUGGAAACAGCAAAUGCGCUUUUGAACGCUUGCAAUGAUGUAAAGAAGCCCAAGAACUUGGCAAACUAUCCAAAGGAUCUACCAACUCUAUUCUUACACACUGACAAUGAUUUCUUGUGUGAUCCAAAAGGUCCCCGAGAAAUGGUUAAUAUACAUCUAAAGGACCAUUCAGAUGUAAAAUUGGUGGAGUUUAAAGCGUCAACACACUUUUUGACCGUCCCUCAUUCCACGGUAUUAACACAAAAAUAUUUAAAAGAAUUGUUAGACAAGGCGAUUGAGGCCUAG